AUGGACGCCAUAAGCUUCGUGCUGGGCGUGCGGUCCGCUCAUCUACGCGGCUCGCAGCUCAAGGAUUUAAUCUACGCCUUGGACGACGACGAUCGCGAUGACCCGAACCGCGGAGCGCACGUGAUGCUGGUGUAUAUAAAGUCGUCGCAGCCCGCUUCGACGUAUUCUGGGAUGGAGGAACUGCAGUUCACUCGCGCUAUAACGAGUUCUGGCAGCAGUCAGUAUCGGAUCAACGGCUCCGUGGUUUCGUGGGACGACUACAACUCGCGGCUCAAGGACAUCGGCAUCCUCGUUAAAGCACGAAAUUUCCUCGUCUUUCAGGGUGACGUGGAGUCGAUCGCGUCCAAGAGCCCCAAGGAGCUGACGGGGCUGUUCGAGCAGAUCGCGGGGUCGGACGAGCUGCGCAAGGAGUACGAGGCGCGCGAGGCGGACAAGAGCCGCGCGGAGGAGCGCACCAUGUUCGCGUACCAGAAGAAAAAGAACAUGAGCUCGGAGAAGAAGCACAAGAAGGAGCAGAAGGAGGAGGCCGAGCGGCACCUUAAGCUGCAGCAGGAUCUGAAAGACAAACGCGCCGAGUUCUACCUGUGGCAGCUGUACUGCAUCGAGAAGGAGAUGAACGCGGCUCGCAGCGCGCUGGCGGCGUCGCGGGAGGAGUUGCAGCGCGUGCAGGAGGAGCAGGGCGACGUGGAGAAGCGGCAGCGGGAGAAAAUGCGCGAGCGCGCAGUGCAUAGCAAGGACGUGCUGACUGCCGAGAAGAAGGUGGCGCGCAAGGCUGCAGAAAUCGACAAGAAGCGGCCGGAGAUGGUGAAGGUGAAGGAGGAGAUGCGGCGUGCGGAGCAGCGGCUGAAGGAGGACGUGGAGAAGCUGGAGAAGCUGCAGGCGCUGCAGGCGCGGCAGCAGGAGGAGGUGGCGCGGCUGGAGCGCAGCCUGGAGGACGUGCAGGGCGAGCUGGCGGACAUGGAGGGCAUGAGCCAGGCGGGCGGCCAGCAGCAGCUGCACCUCGCGCAGAGCCAGCUGGAAGAGUACCACAAGAGGAAGGAGGAGGCGGGGUCGAAGACGUUUAGACUGCGGCAGGAGAAGGAGGCACUGGACCGGCAGCAGCAGGCGGAUGUGGAGGCGCAGAGGAGCAUGGAGGCGAGUGUGGCGCAGAUGGCGGGCAGGGAGGAGCAGCUGAGCGCGCACCUGGAGCAGGCGCGUGCGCGCGUGGAGCGCGUGGGGAAGGACCUGGCGGAGGGGAGAGAGGCUCUUGAGCGGCUGAGGAAGGAGGAGACGGAGAUGCGCGACCGCCACCGCCGCGCUCGGCACCGAGCAGAGGCGCUGGAGCAGCGGUUGGAGGAGGCAGAGGCGCAGCUGAGGGAGCUGAAAGCAGACCGGCGGGAGAACGAGCGCGAGACGCGGAUGGCAGAGACGGUGGCGACCAUGAAGCGCCUGUUCCCGGGCGUGCAUGGGCGGCUGUCAGACCUGUGCAAGCCCACGCAGCGCCGGUUCAACAUGGCGGUUACUGUGGUGAUGGGGAAGCUGUUUGAUGCUGUGGCUGUGGAUGAUGAGCGCACUGCCAAGGAAUGCAUUGAG